AUGGAUAAAGCCGUGGUUCAGCAUCAGAUUGUUGGGAUUGAAAGAGAGAUUUGUGUCAUUUUCACGGUUCUCAGCAUCAAGGAAGGAGAUGUAGCCACAACCGAUGCGCACAUAGAGAGGUUGCUAGCUGCUUCCGAUACCCGUGUAAAAUUUAUCCAUCUUCCUCAUGUAGACUCACAACCCCAAGAAAAGCCUGUUAAGAAAGACAACACCCAUUGCGUACAGAGCCAAAAUGAUCUUGUCAAAGAAGCUAUCCUCAACCAUGUGUUGCCAACUACCAUUCCACUUGCAGGGUUGGUGGUUGAUAUGUUCAAUUCCUCCAUGAUCGAUGUGGCUCAUGAGCUUGGUGUCCCGUCUUAUGUGUUUUUCACAAGUAAUGCUGCCUUUCUUGGCUUCAUGCUCUACCUUCCAACUAGACAUGACCAGGUGGGCAUCCCAUCUAGAAAAUCGGAUCCGGAUUCAGUCAUCGCGAGUUAUGUUAACCCAGUUCCUUCUAGUGUUUUGCCUUCGUUUGCGUUGGAAAAUUCGAUCGUCGUCAAAGGCCAUGAGUACCUCCCCAAGGUAAAUCGUGGUAGAAAGUUCAAAGAGGUCGAUGGGAUUAUUGUCAACACGUUUUACGAGCUGGAAACGCAUGCGGUUGACUCAUUUUUGGAUGAUAAAACGCCUCCAGUUUACACAGUGGGGCCGGUGAUUGACCUCGAGAAUAAGAAUCAUUCGGGAGUUAAUCAGGUCAAACACGAGGAGAUCAUGAAGUAG